CUCCCCGCGGGCGGGAUGCGGGCGGCGGGGCUGAGGCGGGCGCUGGCGCUGUCGCCCCGCAGGGUGCCGGCGAUGGAGCAGGACGGGCGGCGCGGGACGGCCACGGGGCCGGGGCCGGCCACCGCCACCGCCACCGCCACCGGGACAGGGGCCGGGGCCGGGGCCGGGGCCGGGCGCGGGCGGGUGCUGAGCUCCGCCACCAUGAACCCGCGGAUCCGGCGCGUGGAGUACGCGGUGCGCGGGGCCAUCGUCACCCGCGCCCUGGAGCUGGAAGCGGAGCUGCAGCAGGGGGUGAGGAAGCCCUUCACGGAGGUGAUUAAAGCCAACAUCGGGGAUGCCCACGCCAUGGGGCAGACGCCCAUCACCUUCCUGCGCCAGGUCACGACCCUGUGCCUCUACCCCGAGCUGCUCCACGACGCCGCCUUCCCCGAGGAUGCCAAGAAGCGGGCACAGCGGAUCCUGGACGCGUGCGCCGGGCACAGCGCCGGUGCCUACAGCGCCAGCCCGGGCAUCCCCGUCAUCCGGCAGGACGUGGCCCGCUACAUCGAGCGGCGGGACGGGGGCAUCCCCUCCAACCCCGACCACAUCUUCCUGUCCACGGGCGCCAGCGAUGCCAUCGUGACGGUGCUGAAGCUGCUGGUGUGGGGCGAGGGCCGGGAGCGCACGGGGGUGCUGAUCCCCAUCCCCCAGUACCCGCUGUACUCGGCCGCCCUCGCCGAGCUGGGCGCCGUGCAGGUCAACUACUACCUGGACGAGGAGCGGUGCUGGGCGCUGGACCUGAACGAGCUGCGGCGGGCGCUGCGCCAGGCGCGGGAGCACUGCACCCCCCGCGUGCUCUGCAUCAUCAACCCAGGCAACCCCACCGGCCAGGUGCAGAGCCGGCAGUGCAUCGAGGACACGAUCCGCUUCGCCUGGGACGAGCGGCUCUUCCUGAUGGCCGACGAGGUGUACCAGGACAACGUGUACGCGCCCGGGUCCCAGUUCCACUCGUUCAAGAAGGUGCUGACGGAGAUGGGCCCCCCCUUCGCCGAGGGCGUCGAGCUGGCCUCCUUCCACUCCAUCUCCAAGGGCUUCAUGGGCGAGUGCGGCUUCCGGGGCGGCUACAUGGAGGUGCUGAACAUGGACCCGGAGGUGCGGCAGCAGCUGUCCAAGCUGGUGUCGGUGCGGCUGUGCCCGCCCGUGCCCGGCCAGAUCCUGCUGGACGCCGUCAUGGACCCGCCGCAGCCCGGCGAGCCCUCGCACCCGCGCUUCGCCGCCGAGAAGCACGCCGUGCUGAGCGCCCUGGCCGACAAGGCCCAGCUGACCCAGGAGAUCCUCAACCGGGCGCCCGGCAUCCGCUGCAACCCCGUGCAGGGCGCCAUGUACGCCUUCCCCCGCAUCGACCUGCCCGCCCGCGCCGUCCGCCAGGCCCAGGACCAGGGCAUGGCCCCGGACAUGUUCUUCUGCCUCAAGCUGCUGGAGGAGACGGGCAUCUGCGUGGUGCCCGGCAGCGGGUUCGGGCAGCGGGAGGGCACCUACCACUUCAGGAUGACCAUCCUGCCGCCCACGGAGAAGCUGCAGACGCUGCUGGAGAAGCUGAGCUGGUUCCACUCCAAGUUCACCCAGGACUACUCCUAGUGGCCCCCGGCGCCGGGACCAGGACCGGCCCACCCCGCCUGCCCGACCCCCGGGGCUGUGCCCUACCCCGCGACACUCCAGCCCCCCCACCCCUGCCCCGGACCCCCACCCCGCUCAGUGCAGCCGAGAGUGCCUUAGACCCCCAGCCCGCGGGGAAGGAGGAGGCUGCGCCCACCCGGGCCCCACGGAGCUGCUGGGGCCCUGCCGGAGCCGUGCACACGGGGCCGGGGCCGGGGCAGGAUCCCCCCUAGAGACUCAAUAAACACCUUAGAGACCA